CCAUAGUUUGUGUGAAAGGUUACUACAGUGUUAGAUCACAGACACAUAUUGUUCAUAGUACUCACGCAAACACCCCAAGAGAGACUUGUACAGGAGAAACUCCGGCGAACGAGAGACCAGGGUGUGCACCGCUGGAAAACCUAGUGGGCGUGCACCCCUCUCUUACCGCAGCCCAGUGUGUGUGUGUGUAGGCUACUGCCGCUGCCUCUCCCGCGCUCUUUGAGCUCGCUAAUGGGAAAUUGUUUCUACCUGCUUCCCAGUUGACAGCUCACAGAGAACCUAAACUUAGCAUGGCUCAGGCAGUCACUGUUGGCUCUAUGGAGAGGGUGAUUCUGGAUAAUUGAGCAUUUUAUCCGCCAUCCCUUGGGGAGGAAUAAUACAUUCUGUUGUUGCGGCAGUGAGUGGAUCUAUUCCCUAGUAUGUAACCUGUGGUUUGGGAUAGCGCCUCGGGCAUCGUAGACGCGCGGUGGAGCGGAAUAAUCAAGGUUUGGACCGUUAUCUGAUUGACCAUCGUUAGUGCGCCGACAUGUCGAACCUGGUCAGGAGCAAGAAGGACAAAGAGAUAAUUGCAGAGUAUGAAAGCCAGGUGAAAGAUGUGCGAGCCCAGCUGGUGGAACAGCAGCGGUGUUUGGAACAGCAGACAGAGAUGAGGGUGCAGCUGCUGCAGGACCUGCAGGACUUCUUCAGGAAGAAGGCUGAGAUCGAGACCGAGUACUCCAGGAACCUGGAGAAACUAGCUGAGAGGUUCAUGGCCAAGACACGCAGUACCAAGGACCACCAGCAGUACAAAAAGGACCAGAACUUGCUGUCUCCAGUUAACUGCUGGUACCUGCUGCUGAACCAGGUGAGGAGGGAGAGUAAGGACCACGCCACCCUCAGUGACCUUUACCUGAACAACGUCAUCACCCGUCUCACGCACAUCAGCGACGACUCCGCCCGCCUGCUUAAAAGAAGCAAAGAGAUCACCUUUCAGCUGCAGGAGGACUUGAUGAAGCUCCUUAAUGAACUCUACACCGUGAUGAAGACAUACCACAUGUACCAUGGGGAGACACUGAAUGCGGAGACCAAGCUGAGGGAUGCCGAGCGUCAGGUGGGGGUUGGCAAAGUGGGGCCUGGUGGGGGAGUGGAGCCGUUAUUCGGCAUGCGUAUAGAGGAACGCCACCAGAGACGCAACGCCGCCCGAAAGAUGGAGAAGAUGAGGGAGAAGAGGAAAGCUAAGUACUCUGAGAACAAGCUGAAGUCUCUGAAGGCCAGGAACGAGUACCUGCUGACGAUGGAGGCCACCAACUCCUCUGUGUUCAAAUACUACAUCCACGACCUGCCCGAUAUCAUAGAUUGUUGUGACCUGGGGUACCACUCCAGUCUGAGUCGUGCGUUGAAGACCUACCUGUCUGCAGAGCUGAGUCUGGAGGCCUCCAGGCGGACAGGGUUGGAAGUACUGGAGGGGGCCGUAGAGGGCCUGGAUCCUGCCCGAGACAGACAGCGCCUGCUGGGCCUCUACCCUACCGCCUUCUGCCCCCCGCCACGCUUCAGCUUCCAGCCCCACAUGGGGGACCCGGUGACCCAGAUAGCCGCCCAGCCACAGGUGCAGGCAGAGCUCACAUCUAGGCUGCAACAGCUCCAGUCACGCCUCUCCACCCUGAAGAUCGAGAACGAGGAGGUGAAGAAGACAUGGGGGGCCACUCUCACCACCCUUCAGGACAUGACAGUGCUGGAUGACUAUGACGUUUCCCAGAGUUUCACGCACAGCCCCUCUUCAGAGUCAGUCAAGUCCAGCGUGUCGGACGGCUACUUAAACAAACCAAGCCUCGCCAAGCGCCGUGCCAACCAACAGGAGACUGAGCUCUUCUACUUUACGAAGUUCCGUGAGUAUCUGGAGGGCAGUAAUCUGAUCUCCAAACUACAGGCCAAACACGACCUACUGAAGAAAGCCAUGGCCGAGGGGUAUAUAGCAGACACGCUGACUACCAGCCGUGGACGAAAGAACUCCCAUAGCAAACACCAGGAUUCGACUAAAGCCAUUCCUCUGCUGGUAGAGAGCUGCAUCCGUUACAUCAACCUCCAUGGUCUUCAGCACCAGGGCAUAUUCCGUGUGUCGGGGUCACAGGUGGAGGUCAAUGACAUCAAGAACUCAUUUGAGAGAGGUAAUGACCCCCUGAUUGACGAGGAGAAUAACCAUGACAUCAACUCGGUGGCCGGUGUACUGAAGCUCUACUUCCGGGGGCUGGAGAACCCCCUCUUUCCCAAGGAAAGGUUCAACGACCUAAUUUCCUGUGUCCGUAUAGAGAGCCUGUAUGACAGAGCUCAGUGUAUUCGUAAGAUUCUACUGGGUGUUCCACGGGUGACUCUGGUCGUGAUGAGAUACCUGUUCGCUUUCCUGAACCACUUAUCCCAGUACAGCGAUGAGAACAUGAUGGAUGCUGGGAACCUGGCCAUCGUCUUCGGCCCCACCCUGCUGCCCACGCCCGACGCCCUGGACCAGGUGGCCUGCCAGGCACAUGUUAAUGAGGUCAUCAAGACGGUCAUCCUGCACCACGACAUCUUCCCCGAACCCCCGGAGCUGCCUGGGCCCGUCUAUGAGAAGUGCAUGACUGGAGACCAGUACUGCGAGAGUCCGUUCAGCGAGCCGGGUGGGGAGGUGGAGCCCGACGGCGGCACAGAGACUCAGACCAGUGAGGAGGAGGGGGAAGCAGUAGAAGCGGUGGCCAGGUUUGACUAUACAGGCCGGUCGGGGCGGGAGCUCUCCUUUAAGAAGGGAGUGACCCUGCAGCUGUUCCAGCGUGCGUCACAUGACUGGUGGGAGGGGCGACUCAACGGCACCCAUGGCCUGGUGCCUCACCAGUACAUAACACUGAAGGACAGGCCUGACUCUGCAUCGACAGUGGACAGCGACAGUGGAAGCACUAGCAAUGACGACAAGAAAGCCAGAAGUGAGCUGAACUCUCCUACUGACAGACAGCCAGAAACCUACAACAGCAGCCACCGCAGGAAGCGGACUGACAUUUUCCGCCGCCCCCUCGGUCGCUCUAAAGACCAUGGUAAUGUGGGUGUGUUGGAGAGGAACUCGCCGCCCGUCACUGGUCACUUCAGCCCGCGGGAGCUCCUUCUGGGGCGGAGCACUGGCUUAACCCCGCCUCUCGACAGCCCCGAGCGUCGUCGCCGUUCCACUGCUGCGGUGACAGUUACCGUGAGCCGCCACGAUUCGCUGCGUCGGCCUGAAGACACGCCCAUCCGGCGCUCCUGCAGCGGGCAACACGGCUUCAGCUCCAGAACCCUGGACCCAGACACACUGGCACAAGAUAUAGAGGAGAGUGUGAGUGUGGCUCUGGGGCAGCUGAAGCAGAUGGAGCGUGGGGGCUGCAGACCGGCUCCAGACGUGGUCCUGGACACUCUGGAGCAGGUUAAGAACAGCCCAAUCACAGCCUGCUCCUCCGAGUCACCCAGCCCCCACAGCACCCCCUCCACCCCAGGGACUCCUGGUACCCCGAGUCCCCUUAGCCCUCUGAGCCCCCUCAUUCCUCUCCCUGGCCCCCCUCCCGCACCCCUCCGAUCCACCAACCCCUCCCCCGACACCCUGGGCACCUUCAAGCCUGUAGUGGGGACUCCACUCCGUAUGGGGGCUCCACUUCGCCCCCCAGCCCUGAGGCCAAAACCCCUGGUGCCCCCCAAGAGUAACACCCCCCCUCUGCUGGACAAGUCCUGCACCAUGUGAUGAGCCAAACCAGGCCAAAAUAAAGAAUAGGAGA